CUGUAAAAAUCUCGAUUUUAAAGGCCUGCGAAAUACCCUCGUGUGCGGGUUCUCUAGCAAGCUAAAAGGUUUUCUUUUUGGGCUUGACUCAAUCUCUCAUCAGGCAUGGCGGUUCUUGCUCUUCCAUUGGUGACUGCGAUUUUUAGACCUCGUAAUCGCCGUUUCUCUUUUUUCAUCGCCGCCGUGCCGUCCGCUCAUCUCCUCCCAGGCCGGCGUUUUUUCUCCAGGAAUCACUCUAUCUCGGCUCUGAACACCCAUUCAGCGUCCCACAAGAAGUCAGCUGGCCCCGAUUCUGAGAAUCAGAAGAAGUCACGCGCCCCCACUUUUCAACAAGCCAUUCAGCGCCUCCAGGAGAAGGAAUGGAUGGAUAAGAUCCAAAUUGAGGAUAUUCAUGGGAGGGUGGGUGUGGCCUUGAUGGAGGAUAAGCUGCAGGAAGCUAGAUUGACCUGGUUUGAACACGUACUGAGGAGAAGUAUGGAUGACCCUGUUAGGGGUAAACCGGGGGUCUUAUCAAGUUGAUAAUUUAGUGGCGGAUGUGCGGAGGAAAAUGGAAGGGAAAUAGUGGGCGAAAGUAUGGAGGGUGUUUUAGGAGUUCUUUUUUGGUAUUUUAUGGAAGAAAAAGAAUAGGAUUAAGAAGGAGAAAUGGAGGGAUAUGAAAUGGAAGAAAUAUCACGGAUGGAUAAAACCAAGUUGGUGUUAGGAGAUAUUACACACUCUUAUCCUAACUUGGGGUUUGAAUCUAGAAUUCAAUUAAGAUAUUACACACUUAAUCAAAUAUCUAGAACCUA